AUGACCCACGGUCUCAACAUCCUAGGCACAUACGUCCGAACUGGCUCUUCACCCACCAACCUCUCAAAUUGCCCUGGAUUUCUAUUUGGAUUUUCCGCAGGGGCUUUCAAUUCUUUCCUCACCAACAAAUGCUUCGAAUUUGGCAACACCAACAAAGUACCCUGGGAAACCAACCGCUUCAACUCAUCCAAGUCGACAUCUACCCCUUCCGGAAUAUCUCCCUCCUUCACUCUCUUUGGAUCAGCGUGCCCUUCAAUUGCCGUAAUUGCUAAUCGCGCCGUGUCGUCUUCCUCCUGUAUAUCUGCCCAAUCACUAGCCGUCUCGUGACAUAAUUUUUUCCCAAAUUCAAUUGCCGCUUGCGUCUGUUCUUCAUCAUACUCUUGCAACGGAAUUUGAGGCAACGGAGGUGCUGCCGGACCCCUGCCCCCGGAACCCCUUCCCCUACCAACACCGGACCCAAUCGCGAAGGUAGCACCCCGCUCGCACCUAUCAUAUAAACAUCAAGAUCAGACGGAUCAGUCAGCCUGACAUCUGGUGCCUCGUCCUCUUUUGUCGCAGGCAAUGGCAACCGUGACAUCAAAUCGGCAUUUGCAUUCUCUCGCCCUGGUCGAUACUUCAGUUCAUACGUGUACGCUGACAGGAAGUCAUACCACCUCUGUACGCGAUUGUUUUUCUCUGCCAAACUCCCCAAAUUUCGCAAGGGUUGAUGGUCACUGUACACUUCAAAGGGGAUGCCAUAAAAUAGUUGUUCGAUUCUUCUUAAUCGCCCACACUAUCGCACCCGCUUCCAGCUCAGUCGGACUCCAUCUGGUUUCAUUCGGGAAUGUGGAUCGGCUCAAAAAGCAUAGCGGUCUAAUACUCCCAUCUCGUUGCUCUUGCUCAAUUACGGCUCCCAAGCCCGAAAUCGACGCAUCAGCGGUUAGCCGAAACGGCCGCUCUCCCGAUAUCGCACCCUCAUAACACGGAAAUGCCAAGACCGUAGGACCAGACAGAAUAUCCAUCAUCUUCCUUACCACCGCCACAUGAUCAGCCGUGAACGCAAACUUCUCUCCCUUUUUCAGCAUUGCAUUGAUCGGUUUCAAUUUUGCCGACAUGUUCUUCAGGAACUUCCGAUAGUACGACAAAGACCCCAACAACGAUCGUAGCUGGCUAACAUUAGUGGGCAUUGGCACUUCACGCAGCGGUCUGACCUUUUCCGGGUCCGGC